GCGGGGCUGGGUCUAUAAAGGGUGAGGCUGAAGCCUGCUGGCCCCCAGGCGGGAGAACUUGGCCGGCAUCCCAGCAAGCACCAGCUCCUGGGAUCCCGAUCCAGAGGGUGGCCCUGUUAAUUCCUUCCAGGUGCCAAAAGGGGAGGACCAGCCUGCACCAUGAACUCAUGGAUCCUGGCCUGCCUGGUGGUCUGCUUCGUGGGUGCCUGGACCCCCGCUGUCCACACCCAAGUUGCAGGCAUCUCUGAGGACUGCUGCCUGGCGUACCACAGCCUGUCGUGGGCUGUGCUCCAGCGCACCCAGGGCUACCAGCUCCAGGAGGUGAGCGGAAGCUGCAAUCUGCGCGCCGUGAGGUUCUGCCUGAAACACAGAAUAGUGUGUGGGAACCCACAGGACAAGAAGGUGCAAAGGGCCGUGAAGUUACUGAACACACGGAGGAAGUCCUGCCACCAUUCUCAGAAGACUCUGCGAGGGGUCCCUCGCAGUGAGAGGAAGAAGCUGAGUUCUAGAAAGUCCUGGCCACCAUCAUCCAAGCAGAGCAGUCCCGCCGGCAGCGGCAAGAGGAAUGCCACCCUCCAAACAGCAGCAAAGCUGGCCCUCAACUCCACUCGGCUCACCCCUCCCUGAUCCCCCAACUGCAGGGCUCUGAGCCCACACGUCUCCAUCUCCGGGAUCCGCCAACACAAGAGGAUCUUCCUCUGACAGAACAAGUCACCCCGGGCCAGCCAGGCCGCUCCUGCCACCUGCCCCUGCGUCCGUCCUGCCCUCCCCCGCAAUGCACCCCUGCCCCCCGCCCCCUUGCCCCUCUUGCCACUGGGAAAAGGGAGGUGACCUUCUGAUUUUAAGGUCCUCACCACCCCAGGCCAGGCCCACCUGCUGGGUUCCUUGCAAAGCACACAGCAGUUCAGGCACCUCCCCCCAUCCCCAGCCUGUACUUUCUUGUUUUUAUAACUUUUCAAUAAAACUUUAUUUGGAAGG